AUGGCCAACCUCUCCGACGAAGACUCCCAAAUGCACGACUCCCCCUCCUCCACGCCGUCCACACCACCACUCUCGCAGCCGCAGCCGCAGCCGCACACGCACACGCACACGCACACGCACACGCACAACCUCGUCAACCCCGCCGAGCACCUGUCGCUGCACUCGCCGCCCGACUCGCAGGGCCACCCGCAGACUUCUUCGCAGGGGGCUCAGGCGGGCAGAUGGGGCAGGGAUCUUCGCAGGCUCAGAUGGGGAUGGGGGGGAUGGGGCAGGUGGUGCCGAGCUGGGCGACGAAGCGCGCGGUGGAGGACGCGGAGACGGCGAGGGAGAAGGUGGUGGAUGGGAAGUUUACGUUGCGUUGGGUCGGGGAUGAUUAUGAUGAGAGUGAUAUGUUCAAGACGGACUAAGACGGACUAG